CUUGCAUGUUCCCUUUUUAGGUUACACAAGAAUGAAGAAGAAAGCCGGUCAGCGCCACCUCCCGCACCUCCUCUAGAUCGAGGCGUCCCGGCUGCCCCAACAGCUCCUGAUGUGAUAGGAACGGCAAUCGGCGAGGUAACGCUGACUUGGAGCGCUCCACUGCAAACAAUUGGUGAACGCACCAUUUUAGGCUAUCAGGUAGGUCUUAUUUGGUUAUUUGCUGGUUAUUUCUCACUGAAGUGUCUCAAUUUUCUGAUUUCUAUGGCUUGUCGUGAAUUCACUAAUCUGGAGGGUUGCUCUGGUGAACUUCAAUUCCGCGUGUCAGCAGCAGGUCCUGGUGGUUUUGGACCACCGUCGAUGUCAUCAGUUCCUGUACUAGUACCUCACGAGACGACCGGAAGGGAUUCAGGAACUCCUUUGCCACCGGGCCGACCAUCAGUAAUAUCGGUGGACGGACAUCGGGCAACGAUCGAGUGGACGCCACCUGCUGUUGAUCCAACGUAUGCGCCGGUAACAGGGUAUCAGAUUGAAUACCGAGUUUACGGCACUGUGGAUUGGAUGGUUGCCAAUGAUGCUCUAGUACAAGAGUGUACUUACACAAUUGAAUGUCUCCGACCAAAUGGUGUGUACGAGUUUCGUGUACGUGGUCGAAAUGCCGAAGGGCUCGGUGCACCAAGCCGGUCUUCUGGAGCUACCCACAUUAAGCCUGCAGCACCCCAGCGAGGCGUUGGUUCAAGACCGGUUCUCCCUGGGUUACGACCGCCUGGUCAACCACAGCUUGUUGAAGCCGACAUGGAUUGGGUGAAAAUGGAAUGGGCUGCAUCUGAGCCUGGGGCCGGCUACAUAGUGGAGUUUCGCGAAGUUGGUGAUCCCAACUGGUAUACUGCGAAUCCACAUCCCAUCACUGUCAACUGUAUACAUGUGGAAGGACUUCGACCUGGGUCCUCCUUUGAAUUCCGCGUGAUUGGUGUAGCUGGUGAUGCAGCUUCUAUCCCCUCGGAAGUAUCCGAUGUUAUAUCGCUUCGUCCCCUUUGGAGACCAUCCACUGCUCGAGGAGCUCCUGCCAGGCCUCAAGCUCCAGAAUACCUGGAAAUUGAUGGCGAAAGGAUCACAAUAUGUUGGCUACCCGCCCAUAGUGCCCUUCCAGUUUUGGGGUAUGAUGUUGAGUUCCGCGAUUUCCAACAAGACGCAGGUUGGUACAAAGUGAAUGAUCAGCCUGUACAUGCCUGUAAAAUGACAGGUGAGGUUACUAAGUGUUUUCUAUAUUUCAUUUUCCUACUUGGCUCCUCAUUUAUUUCUUCAACAAAUUACCCAAGAAGUUCGUUUUCGACUUUUUCAAAUAUUUUUUCCGGUGAGGCUAAAUAUGUGGAAGCAGAGCGCUUUGGUGCGGUCAAAUUGCUCAUGGAGGAGAUGGUACGGGAGUCUCCUCCGCUCCCUGAGCGAGAUGAUUCUCCACCACCUCUACGUCAUGGAAAGGGAAACGUACAAUGGCGUGAUCCUUCUUUGAAAGAGGUGAUUGACUACCUGGAUAAUCCUGACCGGGAAAAACAACUAAACGCGAGCGGUUACCUACAGCACUUGACAUUCAGCGAUAAUCUAAUCAAAGAUGAAACGAGAGAGUAUGGGGGAAUUCCGAAGUUGGUUCAAUUAUUGAGGAGCGAUAUGCCAGUUAUUCAGAAGAAUGCGUGUGCUUGUUUGAAAAACCUUUGUUUCGGAAAGGAAAAUGACAAGAACAAGUUGGCCAUUCUUGAUGCUGAUGGAGUUCGAAUGUUAUCUGCUGUUCUUCACUCAACUCAUGACGCUGCGGUAAAAGAAGAAGCGACCGCUGCGUUGUGGAAUCUAUCCAGUGCUGAUAUGCUGAAACCAGUAAUUCUUGAUGCAGCCACUGAUGCAUUGGUUCAACAGGUUGUUGCUGCUACUCCGGUUUAUCAAGCCAAUGGGAUCCCGAACGACAGCGAUCCGCUUCGACCCUACAGCACAGCCACUUUCAAGAAUGCUACCGGUGUGCUCAGGAACAUCAGCGCUGCUAACGCGGCCGCCAGGAAACGGCUUCGGGCUUGCCCGAAUCUCAUCGAAGGCCUUGUCCAUUUUCUAACUAUCGCGAUUCAACGGAAUCAGGUUGACUCGCAAACUGUUGAAAAUGUCGUAUGCCUGCUUCGCAAUUUGAGUUACAGAAUACAAGAAGUUGAAGACCCGAAUUAUGAUCCUGCUACUGCACAUAUGUUGUACACGAAAGGAGGCAAGUCUGCUCCGAGUAGUCCAAAGCCUAAGAAAGACAAAGACAAAAGGCGAGAGCACAAACGGGAUGGUAAUCAAAGAAUUUACGGUCCCGCAGUCUUGUGGCAGCCGUAUGUUGUGAAGCUUUACCUGAAAUUGUUACAAGAAGCCUCAAAUCUGGAUACUCUUGAAGCGUCUGCUGGAGCAAUCCAAAAUCUGGCUGCCUGUCAGUUUACUCCCAGUGCUGAAGUUCGUUCGGCUGUUCGAGUCGAAAAAGGUCUACCAGUACUGGUUGAAUUGAUCCGACUGAAGGAGGAUUACGUGGUUUGUGCAGUUGCUACGGCUCUACGGAAUCUCUCAUUGGAUCCCAGGAAUCGAGAAUUGAUAGGGAAGUACGCGUUACGUGAUUUGAUCGAAAAGCUUCCCGAUGCUGGACCUCGUCGACCGUCUAUCAGUGAUCAGACCAUUGGAGCUGUUCUUGGAAUUCUUUUUGAAGUGGUUCGGAGUAGUGCUGCAUUCACUAAAGAUGUUCACGAGGCUCGAGGAACUGAGAAACUCCGUGCACUUGCUCGUAGUUAUCCGACGUAUUCCCAUCGAGUGUGCAAGUAUGCCACCCAAGUGCUAUUCAUGAUGUGGCAACAUAAAGAACUCCAUGACGGAUUCAAGAGGAGUGGUCUGAAAGAGGCGGACUUCUACUCAGGCACAGCUAGGGGUGAUUCGGCAACUCUUGGACGUCCGAUCUCAAGCCAAGGACGUGAAAGACCUGCGCAAGCCCUGUUAGAUGAUACGCUGAGCAGCGGUUAUGGUUACCAGCCGCAGCAACAGGCCAACACACCACCAACUCUGAACGGUCAAACGCGAAAUGACAGAGGCGCCACGCGAGAACCGCUUUACGCAUCAGUUCGAAAAGGAAAUCAACCUCGUGGAAUGGACGACAGUUGGGUCUGA